AUGAAAUCAUUUAGCCAAUCCAGUCCCCCAGCACCAGCAACUCGACGAGCUGCACGCCGCCGUGUCAUCUCCUGCGAGACUUGUCGGCGUGCUAAAACACGAUGCGAUUUAAGUCCUAAGGCAUCUAGUUGCAAUCGAUGCCAGAAGCUAAGGAUCAAAUGCUCCCUGAGCUCGAGUGAUCUUUUCUCCCAUGGUAAUGGCCACGAUGAGGCUGUUAAUGUUGGCGAAAGGCAGUCCUUGGAGAAGCGAAUCGCCAAUAUAGAGGACUCUCUUCAGGAAAUGAAAAGUACCUUAGCAAGCAUGUGCUGUUUCAUGCAGAACCUUGAUAACAGACCUAUGGAUAAUGUUGUCAUGACCGAAGCCUCUUCUUCCACUGCAAAAAAUCAUGCUACUGGUCAACACGCUGAUUUUCCUCAUCUACCUUCCCUGCGCACAGAAACGACAAAGUUAGCGCCAAUCAUGAUGGUGCGGAAGUUUCGGCCAGACAGUCGCCGCUUAUAUCGGGAUCCAGGAAAUGAUAUCGUAGAAAAGCGCAUUCUUUCCGAGGAAGUUGCAACUUGUCUUGUUUCCGAAUUUCUUAAUCACCGCGGCUCUGUCAUCCAAAUUGAAAAAUCACCAACAGACGGGCACCUGAGGCAUCGAUCACCACUCCUCUUCGCUGUUUGUGCUCUGCAUGGUCUGAGAUUCUCGAAUUCAUAUGACACUCUUCUCAACAGCCCUACGCAUAGGCAUCUAUAUGAAGAAGUGAGAGAUAUGCUAGGUCAAGCGGUGCUAGCAAGUCCUUUGCCGUUGGACGAAUUGUAUGCUAUUCUGAUUAUGUCGACAUUCGAAGCUGCUCCAAGGCCCGUGUAUGAAUACAUUGAAAGUUGGCUAUUGAGCGGCAUAUGCGCAAAGCAAGCUAUUCUCAGCAUAGAUUUUCCGCGGAUCAAUCAGCGCAUUGAUAGUGGAAAUGCUGAACGUAAAGAUAAACAGCUGAUGUCCUUGUGGAACAACAUCUGUCUGAUCAAUUUCCGAUUCGCAGUUGGAACCGGCAAACCAACAACAAUCCCAGCCAACUACAUCGAUCAAUGUCCGGCUAUAUUGAAUCACCCCGAAGCCAGUGUCGAAGACGAUCUUGUCCUUGCCGAGAUUCUACUUUAUAGAACUUUGCACAAUAAACUUGCAAAUUUCUCGUUGGGUGAUGACCACGGCGAGGAAGAUCAUUGCACAGAGCUAAGAACUUGGGAGAAUAAAUGGAAGCGUUUACUUGAUUCGCCCCAAGCAAUCACAUUACGAUUCAGUUAUGAUAUCGCUCAAAUGGUCAUUGCUCGACGAGCUACGGAAGACAGCAUAUUUUCCGGUACUACUGCCAGUCAGUUGAGGAAACGAAAACGAAACAACCCAAGGAAAGUGCAUGAAAAGACAAACUAUCACAUCCUCGCCUACCAAUCAGCUCUCUCAGUCGCAGAACGAUUCAUCCACGCGUCUGUGACUGGAGUCCAAGCCCUACCGAAAUUUCAUCACAUAUGCAUUGCUUAUUGCGCAUUGGUACUUUCUGAAACUGCUUGUGAGCACAAUGCUGUAACCAGCCGAGUAAUGGAAGGAAUCUCGGCUCGUGAUGUACUCCUGAUGCUUAAAAGGAUUAGACAGCACUAUCAUAUGAGCUUUGGUGGAGAAAUUCCAGAGGCAAUGAAUGUUGCCGUUGCACGGGUUGCUGCUGUUGUAUCUGAUACUACCGACAGUGCUGGAUAUGCUUCUCAAGGCAUCAAUUAUAACGAUUCUUCUUUGAGCGGAAAUUUGCCAACAAUAGGAAUCCAUGAUGGUACGGAAAAUCAAUAUGUCAGGAGGUUUCCUGGUGGUAAUGAAUUAAUGGAUAUGAAUGACUUUGACCAUGCUACCCUUGACGAAAACUUCCUGGUGCAGGACCUCCUCUUUGAUGGGUCUAAUAUGAGUUUUGUGGAUUACUUCAAUUCUACCUGGUGA